AUGGCUCGACUGGUCUCACUGUCAGGGUUGGAGUUAGAAGGGGCAAGAAUUGCUCUCUUGUCGCAGUUCUCUUAUUCGCAGCUUUCAUCUGCUGCAACAAAGUCCGUAUUACUAGGAUUUGACCUUCGACUGGGAAUUUAUCUUUCCUACGCCCACGCGAAAGGAAAGGGCUCUCCGAAGAGAGGAAGAAGAAUGAAUUCCUCUGCGGUCGUGAAAGGAAAGGAGAAAAACGAAGAGAUGCGCCUUAUCCGGGAUAAGAGUCAGGGGCGUAGCGAGCAGCAAAUCCUUAUUAGGAGAUUCGAUAUUGGGCUUCUUACGGAUGUGGAGUCAGAGGCUAAGACAGCCCUUCUUCCCUUCUUGAUUCAUCCCUUGCCGCAACUUCAGGCUAUCACUCUCUUCCGGGCAUUAGCAAGCAAUCCAGACAUCAGGAGCAUUGAUAUCUGCCGAGCCGGUAAGAAAGCUGUCUGGUCCCGAAAUCCGGUAACAGAAGGAUUCCGCUAG